GUGUUGCCUUGUUGUGUCUUGUUUCGUUGCGCUUCCAAGCGCACCAUCAGGCGGAUACAAUUCGGUCCACAACCAAAGAACGCUACCUUCUCCAGCAAACGGCAACGGCGCCGCAUCCACGGACCAGCGUUAGUCAACUGACUCCAUUCACCAUACCGGGGAAAAUAGAAAAGAAAGCGGUUCCGCCGACGUCAGUCGGGUUACUGCGGAGUGCAUAUCCCACUGCUGUUGCUUCGCCAACCUUCAAGACGGAAGACCCGAGGCAAACGGGGACAGAGUCUCGCGCCACGGGGAGGGAAAAUCUAGUCCCCCCCGCUAGCCGACGCUGGGUCCCUCCAUCCCUGAGACCGCAACAUGGACUCACCGAAGAGGCCCGAAUUGAUUCGAUUUUUCGAAAAGUUCGCGGUAUUCUAAACAAACUAACGCCAGAAAAGUUCCAGAAGCUUAGUGAUGAACUUCUCAAACUAGACCUUAAUUCGUCAAAAAUUUUGAACGGUGUUAUACUGCUGAUCUUCGACAAAGCUUUAGAUGAACCGAAGUACUCGUCUAUGUACGCACAGCUGUGCAAGCGGAUCGAGAAAGAGUUAGAAACCGACAUCGACAAAACCAAAUCGAGCACCUUUCUGACGAUUUUGCUGAACGUGUGUCGCGAUAAGUUCGAAAAUCGGGUGCAGUACAGUGAGAAGAUCAUCAACUCGGAAAGCACCCUCACCGAUGAUCUGGAGGAGAAGAAAAAUGUCGCUAAACAGAAAAUACUGGGCAAUGUUAAAUUUAUUGGUGAGCUGUAUAAGCUGGACAUGCUGGGCGAACCCCACCUUCACUCGAUGCUCCGCUCGCUGUUUACCAACAAGUCCAGCUCGACGACGGAAAAGAACUGCGAAGACAUGGAAUGUUUGGCCCAGCUCAUUCGGACAUGCGGAAAGAAUUUGGAUACAGAGUUGGGAAAACAGCUGAUGGAUCAGUACUUUGAGCGGAUGGAAAAAAAUUCGCUGUCGUCGAAGUUUCCUCCCCGCAUCCGGUUCAUGCUGCGUGACUUAAUUGAACUACGCAAAAACAACUGGACACCGCGGAAGGUGGCACUGGUCGAGGGGCCGGCACCGAUACAGGAGCUGAAUCAUGACGACGAUGUACUGCCUCAAUCGUUGAACCACAUGCGCAACCGGGACCGGGACUAUCGCAAUAACGAUCGCGGCGACCAACGCGAUUGGAUCAGCAAGUUUUCGCUCAAUUUGCAGCACCUGAACGACGGCUUCAACUUGCUCACCACUCCUUCCUCGUUACUACCGUCCAGCUACAAUCACUCGUCGAAUGGCUACGGAAAUCGCGAUCAUCGUGAUAAUGGUGGCGGUGGAGGCGGUGGCAACUAUCGCAUCCACAACAAUCGGAACAACCAGAGCAACUACAACAGCAAUCGCUAUAAUAAGCAUAACAACAACCAUCACCAUCAGGGUGGCGGUGGCGGCGGCGGCGGCGGUGGUAAUGCUGGGGGUGGUGGCGGCGGCGGUGGUGGUGGUGGUGGCGGCGGUGGCGGUGGCAGCGGUGGCCACAACUCACCCUAUGGAAACCAGAACAUGAUGAACAACAAGGAUCUAGCACCGCGGUUCAAGCGAAACCUUAUGACGCCACCCCAGAACCCGGUCGAAGAGCUGCAAAUGCGUCCCACACCGAACAGUCUGUUGUUUAAGGCAAACAUGAACAUCAAGACGCAUCUUCCUAUAUCGGCCUCAAUUGGUGGUGGUGGAAGCAGUGGCGGUGGUAAGGUGAACUUCAAUGGCCCGCCAUUGAACGAGUUUCCCUCGCCGUUGACCGCGCGCACAUUGCUCAGCGAACAGCGCAAUGCUGCUGCCGGACAAAACAAUGGCGGCAGCGCAAUGUCGGCGGCCGGCGGUGCUGGUGGCAACCAUCACUCGGCUUCUGCCGGAUCGCUGGCCGGUGGUCCGAAUGAGCAUAACAGUGUCGGUGGCGGUGGUGGUACCAUGGGCUCAGCUGCCUCGACCCAAUCGCCUUUCGGUGCCAAUCAGAUGCAGAACCCCUCGCAAAACAUGAUGAAUUCGCAGUAUAACCACGGCACGCAGUACGGAAUGGGUCCGCGAGGUGGCAUGGGAGGAAUGAGCCAGCACAACAACCAUCAGCUGCAUCAACACCCGUCACAGCACCACCAUCACUACAAUAAUCAGAACCCACAGCAGUAUCAUUCGCAGCAGCAGCAGCACCACGUUCAGGGUGGUGGUCCGGCCUACACUCACGGGCAGGGCGUGAAUGGCGCCGACAGAGGAAUGAUGGUGGGUCACGAUGGGAUGAUGAACAAUCACACCGCCGGUCGCCAGAAUGACGACAUGUCGGUUCACAACUCCACCAUCGCCCCGAACGCUGCUCCGCUCCCGCAGGCUGCUGGUGGCAAUGUGCAGAAGGACCAGCAGAUGAUCAACAAGCAGGCUUCCGCGGAGACGAAAACGGAAAAGAAAAACAAGAAGGAGAAGGGACCAGGCAAGGAUGAGUACAUGAAGCGCGUGGCUGCAUUCGUGAAUGACGUGAUGUUGGACAACAUUAAACAGCAGCUUGAGGAAGAGAAACAACAGCAGCAGCAAACUACAGUGUCGGACAAAAUAGAGGACGUGGCCACUGACGCGACUGUGCCAGAAGCUGAGCAACAACUGCCCCCGCCGAAAGUGAUGGAAGUAGUGGUUGAAGUCGUCGAUAAUGAGGAACCGAAAGACCUGCUCAACGCAGCGAUUCAGGAGGAAAGCGACAAGCUCGAAGAACCGGCAACAGACAGUGUCGUGCUGAUAGACGCCGAGCCGGUGGAGAAAAAAAUCGAUGAAAAUGAGUCUGUUGAGCGCACCGAAGCACCUACGGUGGCGGAUGAUGCCAACGACGAAGAGAAAAUGGACGUUGGCUCCGAAACGAAGAAAGUUGAAAGCAUCGAAGCAACCGUUGAUGAUAACCAACCCCCGGUGGAGCAGGAGCAGCAGGAGCAGCAGGAGCAGCAGGCACAGGAGACGCAGGAAACAACAUCUUCACCGGACGCCGCUGUUCCUGUCGAGGCCACAGAGGAGCAACAAUGUUCCGUACCGAACGCUCUCAUUCCUUCUUCGGUCGCUCCGGUCGCUCCCGUCAUCGACAGCUCGCCCCCAGCGCCAACUGUCACCGAGCACAACAAGCUAACCCUGAUGCAGGAACUGGUGCGCGCGUUUUGCGACCUGAAGAUCCCGGAGAAGUGUAUGCGCGAUGCGGUGAUUAAAAUAUUCAACGAGGUUCUCGAUCGUCCCGACGCGUACCGCGCCAAAGCAAUCGACUUUGUGCGCGAGCUGCGGGCGGAUUCGAAACUGUCGAACAACGCCGCACUGGACUCGUUCCGAUCGUUGGUGCACAAUAUGAGCGAGAAGGAGAAAACAGUUCCGAAGAUUACCACGAUGGUCGCUUCGCUGCUGGCUCGGGCCGUGACCGUCAAUUUGUGCAAGCUCACGGACGUUUCGAGCUUCACCGAGAACGGGCAGCACUACCCACUGUUUCUGCUGGUGUUGCAGCAUCUGCACAAGCAGCUCGACCGCCCCGCUUUGCAGGAGAUGUUCAGAAAGAGCAACGUGAACCUAAUGUCCAGCUUGCCGGAAAGCGACCGUACCAAGGAUCGCAUGGCCGAGAUACUGGAGGAUCGCAAUCUAACCUUCCUGUACCCGUUGCUGCGCGUGCAGACGGAGCUGUGGAAACAGAUUCAAGCGGACGCUAAUCCGCAACAGUUCUACAAGUGGAUCAAGGAAAACGUGGAACCGUCGUGCUACACGGAUGCCGGUUUCAUUACCGCCGUAAUGACAGUCCUUUUGAAAUACAUCAGCCAGGAAUCCCUUAAAUUGUCGGACGACAAGAAGCGCGCGGAAAAGGAAAAGGAAAUCCUCACCAAAUACUGCCCAGUACUGAACGCUUUCUUGAACGGCAACUUCGAUCUGCAGCUAACCGCCAUCUACGCAAUCCAAGUGUAUUGGUAUGGCAUCGGCUUCCCCAAGGGCGUACUUUUGCGCUGGUUCCAGGAGUUGUACGAGCUGAGCGUUAUCGAGGAGGAUGCGUUCUUGCAGUACAAGGAAGACGUUAACGAUAUUUAUCCCGGCAAGGGCAAGGCACUAUUCCAAGUCAACCAGUGGCUCACAUGGCUGGCCGAAGCCGAGGAUGAAGACGACGAGGAGGAGGACUAGAUACGGGCGCGCCUAGGCGGGGUCACGGGUGGUCACGUAUUGAGGAAACAUAACUGAAACUCGGUGGUGAAGCUGUGGUACCGGCGACGAGUGGACCGGCCGGCACUUGUUUGAUGAUGACCCAUCGCACGUGCGCUCGAGCGCGCUGCUAAUACGUUCUGACGACCCUUUAUGAUGAUGAAGAUAUACCUUUGUGUUUUUUAGCAUGAAUAUGUAGAGGAGGAACAUGUCGUGAUGAUUUCCUCGUCAAAGAACUUGGUACUAGCGAAGGAUGAAAUUUUAUUUUAUUGUACUCUUUUUCCAUACCCGAUUUAUUACGAAUUCGUAUGUUGUGUGUAACAUCAGUAAUCAAGCAGGAAGAAAACAGCGAUCAUGCGAAAAUUUCUCACCCGCGCAUCGAUCGUAUACACGCGAGCAAAGGUAUUCGAUUUCAGUUUUGAUUAUGUAUUAUCUGAAUAUUUUGGCAGUAUAAUCGUAUUAUAACGAACAAAAAAAAACGAAAGCAAAAAAAAUACAGAUUCACCGGAAAACUGUU